GCAUCCACGAGACUCACCGCACCAUUGUCUUUUUCUCUUCUUCUCAACCUUUCCGGACUUUUGUAUAUUACAUAAUACAAACCAAGCACACACACAACUCAGUAUCGUGUUUUGAUUUGUUUCUUUCUUUUUUUUUAAAAAAAGUUCACAUUUUCGAUAAACUUUACACUCACGCCCUCACUAUAUAUAUAUAUAUAUAUAUUUAUUUAUCAUCGAAGAGUCCGGGAUCUGGUUCCUUCCUCCACCGCCGGCGAUGGAAUCUUCUCCAGUGAUUCAGUCGGAGCAUCUUCGUUCCUCUUCGUCGCUCGAUAUCGGCCGAGAUUUAGUCGAUUUCGAUGACGGCAAGGACAGGCCGUUACUUGAUCGUCUUGUUAGUGAGCCCGUAGCGAAUUCCAACCACCAAAGGCGCCGCCGUGUCGGUGCACAGGCCGCCGCUUCCGCCGCCGCCUUGAAUCGGCCGCGAAGGCAACAGUCGUUUACCCGUGAUUUUGGACACGCUGCUAAAGAGACCUAUUUGAUCACUGGACUUAGCUUCACGCUCCUUCGAUAUCUCGGGGUAGGCUAUCGGUGGAUCACAAGAUUACUCGGACUUGGUUUUUAUGCUCUGUUACUGAUGCCUGGCUUUCUUCAAGUCGCAUAUCAUUACUUCUUCUCGAGCCACGUUCGGAGGAGUAUUGUGUAUGGUGAUCAACCAAGAAAUAGGUUGGAUUUAUAUUUACCAGCAAAUUGUACUGAUGAACCAAAGCCAGUUGUAAUAUUUGUAACUGGUGGAGCUUGGAUUAUUGGAUACAAAGCAUGGGGUUCUCUUUUAGGACUGCAGUUGGCAGAAAGAGAUAUUAUAGUGGCAUGCAUUGAUUACAGAAACUUUCCCCAGGGUACUAUUAGUGAUAUGGUGAAAGAUGUUUGUCAGGGGAUCUCUUUUGUUUAUAACAACAUAGCAGACUAUGGAGGUGACACUGACAGAAUUUAUCUAAUGGGUCAAUCAGCUGGUGCGCAUAUUGCUGCGUGUGCUCUCUUGGAGUUGGCAAUUCAAGAAUCUGAGAAAGGAGAGAAUGCUUCUCUAAAAGUCUCUGAGUUGAAAGCUUAUUUUAGUUUAUCUGGAGGGUAUAAUUUACCUAAUUUAGUCGAUCACUUCCAUAACCGAGGACUCUAUCGAUCUAUUUUCUUGGGAAUCAUGGAAGGCGAAGAAUCCUUGAACCAAUUCUCUCCUGAAAUUAGAAUACUGGAUCCAAGCAUUAAAAAUGCAAUUUCGCUCUUGCCUCCAAUUGUCCUUUUCCAUGGAACUGAAGAUCUUUCUGUUCCUUCUGAUGCCAGUCAAACUUUUUUUAACACUCUUCAAAAGGUUGGAGCUCAAGCUGAGCUUAUACUAUAUGAGGGAAAGACUCAUACAGAUUUGUUUCUUCAGGACCCUUUGAGAGGUGGUAAAGAUGGGUUGUUUGACCACAUAGUUUCUGUGAUACAUGCUGAUGAUAAGGAAGCUCUUGCCAAAGAUGCUGCAGCGCCUCCAAGAAAGCGACUUGUUCCUGAGUUUUUGUUGAAGUUGGCUCGUAGGAUCAGCCCAUUUUAGAUCUGAUUUUGUUGGGCAUAUAAUCAUUUAUAUAUAGUCACUCAACGUGUAUUUUUACUUUGUUACAUAAGUUAAUAUAAUUUAUUUGUUUCACAAUCACAAAAGGCGAGUCCUUCACUGUACAAGAAAAUGUUCUCUUCGAAAAGUUAAAAUUAGGAUUA